AUGGCGCUCAGCCCCCCCGGGCGGGAGGCGGCGGGCGGCGGGGGCCGGUGGCGGGGCGGGCAGGGGGCUGAGCCCGGGGGGCUGCGGCUGCACUCGCCCUGGACCUUCUGGCUGGACAAGUCGCUUCCUGGGACGACGGCGGCUGAAUGUGCAUCAAAUUUGAAGAAGAUUUACACAGUGCAAACAGUGCAGGAUUUCUGGAGUGUUUACAACAAUAUUCCUCCUGUGAUAAGUUUGCCCCUGAGAUGCAGCUACCAUUUAAUGCGGGGAGAAAGGCGGCCACUUUGGGAAGAAGAAAGCAAUGCCAAAGGGGGUAUAUGGAAAAUGAAGAUCCCCAAGGAAAGCACGGCUGCAGUUUGGAAAGAGCUACUGUUGGCAACUAUUGGAGAGCAGUUUACAGACUGUUGUGCAGCAGAUGAUGAAGUGAUAGGGGUGAGCGUCAGCGUCCGUGACCGCGAAGACGUUGUGCAAGUCUGGAAUGGGAAUGCUGCUUUAGCAAGGGAAGCAAAAGUUCUAGAAAAGAUACAUAAACUUCUGCCACACACAGCUUUUAAAGCUGUCUUUUAUAAAUCACACAGAGAGCAUCAUGCUUUUGAAGGCCGACGGGGAAAACAUUAAGUGCCAUCUGUGCCAAGCUCAUUCAUUUCUAGUUGUUCUGAGGUGGUCUGGACAAGGAGGAUGGUGGAAGCCCUGCAGAAGCACUGCACACAGUGACUCUUUUGAGUUUCUAACUUUUCAAACUGGGGAAAAUGAGGGAAAACAGGUGCCUUGACCUCCAAGUACAUAAUUAAUUUCUUCUCGUUCGGUUGGAGUUUUUUUAAUUCUUCAUUGUUUCUUUAAAAAGAUAAUUUGGGUAUUUGUGUUUUCAAUCAGAUUAUAGUUGCUCCUAUUUCAUUAAGAUAGUAGACUCAUUUCUUCUCUACUGCACUUGGUUAAAUGUGAGUGUGCAGCAGGAUGGUGUGCUGCUCCCCCUCGACGUGCUGCACGUAGAGGAUUACUGGCUUGGUGAAAUGUGUUUUCAAUUUUCAUUUUGAAACAUUCCUAUUGUGUGAAGAUUUACUCACUGGUUUUGUCCCAAGAGAGAAAGAAAUUGCACUGCAUUUAUUGUAAUAUUCAGUGUAAUCUGGUCAUACACUGACAACAGCACACGGACUGUACACGUAAUUAGUAAAGUGUUCACUAAAUGAGCAGCUGAAGAGAAGACAUUUAUAUUGGGCCUAACCCUCUGUGGGAUGAUGUUAACAUGUUUUAAUUGUGUUGAUUUCUGAAGAGCCCUUGUUCAGACUAGGAUGAAACAUCUUCCAGUAAACCCUGUGAACUCCACACCACUUUUUUUAAGAGGGGAUGAUUUUCUUAAAUGCUUUUAUAAUGUGUGCUUUCUUACGAUAUUUUUCUGUGCAUUCAUGAAGAAGUGUCAUGAAUAAUUUCUAAUGCCUUAGACUAACUGGAUCCAUCCCUCCUGCUUCUGUGAAGACUUCAGGGCUGUGCCUGCACCCACAAAGGUCAGGGGCAGAGCUGCUGGUCACUGCAGUGCAAAGGAAGAGAGCCUAUGGUGUGUGGUUUCAAGCCAUCAUAACUUCCCAAGUGACUUUUUUAAUAAAAUACAGAAACAGAUUUUGUGUUGCAGCAUGAAUAUGAAUGCAAAGCUUGUUAAUCUUUGAUUAUUUGUCUGUAUUAAUUAUUUGAGGUGUUGGUUGGUUUUAAUAUGCUACCAAAGAUUGCUGUAGAUCCUUUUACAAGAAGAAGCUGCAAGGGAGAGAUGAAUAUGGGCCCCACUGAGUAUUGCUUCAUUCUGAAGAGGUUUUUCCUUGGCAACUGUUCAAGUUGCAAUGAUUUCCACAUCUAUAGCAUAUUAAGGGACAGCCAUUAAAAUGAAAUUUAAAAAUAAGAGUAGCACAUUUGUGACUUUUUUACAAUUUUAUCUGUAUUUAUGAAUUAAAACUGCAGUUAAUGAGCAUUAUGAAUUAAACACAUUUUCUAAAAUCCAAA